AUGGCCCCGCAAGAUACCUUCAUCGAUGAGGAGGAUGACACCUGCCCUCUCUGCAUCGAGCAACUGGACCUUUCCGAUCGAAACUUCCGGCCAUGCCCAUGUGGCUAUCAAAUAUGCCAGUUUUGUUUUAACAACAUCAAGACCAACAUGAAUGGUCUUUGCCCAGCAUGUCGUAGACCCUAUGACGAAAAGACCAUUCAGUGGAAAGUUGUUACUACAGAGGAAGUUGCCGAGUUCCGCGCAAAUAUACAAAAGAACCAAAAGAAACGAGCUGCCGAGCAGCGCCAGAAAGAGGUUCAAAAACGCGAGGCCGAGAAAGAGAACCGGAAAAACCUUGUUGGCGUCAGGGUCGUCCAGAAGAACCUUGUUUAUGUGACAGGCUUGACGCCCACUGGCAGCGAAGAUGAGCUUCUGAAGACACUGCGCAAACCCGAGUUCUUUGGUCAAUACGGAAACAUUCAGAAAAUCUCGAUAAGCAACCGUCGGAGCUCGGAUGGUCAAAAUCAAUCUCUGGGCAUCUAUGUUACCUUUGAGAGGAAGGAAGAUGCCCAGCGUUGUAUCGCCGCCGUCAACGGAUCGCAGAACGGGGACAGAGUACUAAAAGCACAACUGGGCACUACCAAGUACUGUUCUGCUUGGCUGAGAAAUGAGCAAUGCUCUAACCGGCAGUGCAUGUUCCUCCACGAGCAGGCUGACGAGGAUGAUAGCUACACACGGCAGGACUUGUCGUCGAUGAACAGCAUUCACACCCAGCGGCCCCUUUCAAACGCCGCUGGCUCAUCGUCGCGAACAUCAUCCAGACAACAGACGCAAACUCCUGCGCCUAGCAGCCAGGCCCAGCCAUCUUCUCAGACUAUGGCCCGCGCUGGAAGCAAGGAGGGCUCCGACAAUGGGGACUCGUCUGCCCUGCCUUCCUCGGCCAACUGGGCUCGCAAUCCCCAGGUUCGUAGCAGGCGUGGAAGUCAUGCUACUAGCGGGGCGGCUUCAAGUCCCGCAGUGUCCAUGUCUCUGCCGGCGACCGUCGAGGCCCCGCAAGAGGCCGUGGAGGAGUCAUCGCAAGGCGACUCGGAAGCUCCUCAAGCUCAGCCGCCGACGGAACCAGCACAAAGCCCUUCGAGAACAUCCACCCAGACCGGCGACGAGUCCAGGCCCAGGCGAUUCGACGAUGCCACGAUCGAAUAUAUCAAGGCGAUUGGGGGUGGUUCGAUGCAGCUCCGUCUCGUGGAGCCUUUCUCUCUUUCAGCAUAUCCGCCUCUGUUCGACUCUCGAGGUGGGGAGAAGAGAAGAGCGCUGGGUGAUGAAGACGAGACCCGUGGCAGCGGUGUUGCAGAGGCCCUUGAUAACCAAGACCUCUCAGAGGGGGAGCCUGAACAGGGUGGUAGCCAUGCCCUUGGUGGAGAGCCUGAAGACCGUGAUAUUGGUCUUGAUAGCGCCUUUGACCAACACAGGCCUGGAACUCAACCCCCAAUUCAGAGAACAAGCAACUCGGAGGGCAUCUUUGGACCCGCUAUUGGCUCGAACUAUAUGCCAUCAUCAACUGCAGGGUCCCUAGGCGGUCGUUCGAUGACUCCUCAGCAGCAGCAACAACUUUUCUCUCGCCCGCAGGCUGCAUUCGCCGACCACCUUCCUCCUGGUAUCGGGGCUGCCCAGACGACACUUUUCCAGGGACAGGGGCAGGGCCAGGCUCACAACCGCCAAGGCUCCAGGUACAGUUUCGCAAACGACAACGGAGCUGGUGCCUCGACAUCGGUCAAAUUGGCUGCGAACCCUAGAGCGAUGGCUCAGCAGUCGUCCAUGAUGCCCUCGUCGUCAUCCUUCCACUCACAGCCUGCUAGUCAGUAUUAUGCCACUUCUAUUUCUGGCCCACCGCCGGGCCUCAAGUCGACCGGCACACCGCCGAACCUCUUUGGUGCGCAGGGGCACGCAUUUGGCGGCUCAUCUGCGUUUGGAAGCGUGGGCGUAUCCAAGGAAUCCAACAAUGAUCUUCUCCAGUCGAUCAUGCGCGGCCGUGGUGGACAGAGCGCCGCAGGUCACGACGCUGGAAAGCGUGAGUACCUCCUCCAUUCAUUCCCUAAUCAGUUGCCUCCUCCCUCUGCGUCGUCUACCCUGGCUCCUGCUCCUGGCCUCUUGGCAUCGUUCUACGGAAACCAAGCCGGGAACCUCCAAGACUUUGGUACGAAGCAGAAGAAGAAGGGGAAGAAGCACAGGCAUGCUAACACUUCCUCCUCUGGGGGAGGUGUCCUAGUAGAUCUUGCGGACCCGAGUAUCCUGCAAGCGCGAAUGCAGCACCAGACCAAUGUCAACGUCGGACAGGGAAUGUUCGGGGGUCAGUCGCAAGAUGACGACCUCGAGUUGGACGAGCAUGUCGCUACUAACAUCGACGCCCUGGUCUCGGACGAGCCUGCUGAGAUUGUUCCUCCGCCGGGCAACCUUGGCGGGGUCAUAGGCCGUUCUGUUACACCCUCAGUUCCUCCUGGAUUUGGUCCUCCCGCCAUCACGGCACAAUCUUCUCCAGCUCAGCUGAAACCCGCUAUGCCAUUAUUGACAUCCUCGCCUUUGGCUCCCGCAUCGUCGAUAUCGUCCAAAAAGGCAAACGAUGAAGCCAAGAAAAGCAUCAGAGCCUCGGCGGUCGAGAGCGGCCUCACUAAGGAUAUUGCUGCACAAUCUUCCAAAACAUCCAAGGGCAAGACUGUCCUGCAUGAAGAAGACUUUCCUGCUUUGAAUGCCCCGAAGCCGGCUUCUGCUGCUCAACCUGCUGCUCCGGCAGUACAAUCGGUGUCCAAGACAACGGCGUCUAAAAAUGUCACAGCGACGAACAAGGGUAAGAAGGCUGCAGCUGCGGAGACACCAAAAGUGGCAUCGCCAGCUUUGGCUCCAGCGUUGCCUGCCACCCAAAAGACCAUGGACAAGAAGCCUACUCCUGGCAUCUUGAACAUUGCUGCCGCUACUCGUGCGGCACAAACAAAGGGUGUCGAUUCAUCCUCUGCUACCGAGAAGUCGGCAGACUACCCGGCUCUGCCAACGCCGUCAUCUGCGACAUCUUGCAGUACGACCACACGCACUGGACCGAAGACACUUCGGGUCGUGUCCACACCCACUCCAAGGACUGAGGUCCCACCGCCCAUCACUGCUGCGACGGCAAUCGCUGCUGCCGCUGGUACUUCGGGUCGCUCAUCGGUUCUGUCUUCUCACCGUCCAGGCACGCCACACAGCGAGUUCCCGUCAGAUAGCGCCUCGGUGAUCUCAGGCUCGAUCACAACCUCGCGACCCAAUUCUCCGCCGCCUGCUGGGGCCUCGAGGAUAGGAUCUGCAGCAGUGCGCUCUACUACGAAGAGUCAGCAACGCAAACAACGCAAGCAGGCGACGAAGAAAGACGCAGCUGAAAUGAUCUCUACACAGACGGUACCGGAAGAAGAGGUGCCGGUGAUUGCGCCCAUUCUCGGUCGCAAGAAAAAGCAGAAAAAGGAGAGAGCUGUGCCCAGUGGGCCGUCCACGCCUGUCGAGAGUCGUGCGGCAACGCCGGGCCCUGCAGCGCAUGUUGAUGAUACGGAUGCCGACGCGACACAAAAGGAGGUUCCCGUCAAGGAGGUCGAGCAGCCUGUCGCCGUUAAGGAUAAGGGCAAGCAGGCAAAGACCAGCACCGAUGGGACUAAAAACAAGAGUAAGGAUAGAGAAGAUGCCCGUGAGGCCGCCAAGGCAGAGGCAAACGCUCCUGAGAAGCCCCCCAAGGAACCGAUACCGGAGACCGCUCCGCAACGGGAGACAAAUGAACCUGCGGAGAAGCAGAUACCAUCUCCAGCUACGACCCUACGGGAGCUCGAGAGCCAAGGCUUGGUUGAUACCACUGCGAUCAAGAGCCUUCUCGAGCCUCCUCACAGUAUCCACCACAGGCUAGAACGUUUGGAUGCCGUUACCACAGCCAAGGAGAUGUCAACUCCCACGAAAUCUGUCGUCAACGACGAAGAUCAGGUCAAGCUUUUAGGCGGUGAGGUUGUGCACAAGGUUGUAGAGGGCGUCCGCAUUAUGCUGACGCCAAACGGCGACUGUGUACGUGGAUUGUCACCGGAGGAGGAGGCACGAUUUUUGCAACUGCAGGAGAAGCUAGCCAACAGCGCCGGUACUCCUGCGUUCUUCAUGCACCCGCGAUACGAGGCUGCCGGUGGUUUCAGUCUGAUCAAAGGGCGUGCGGUGCCCAACGGCCCGCCAUCUUUCUUCCCACCUGCUGGCAGUGCCUAUGCCAGCGACCCUGUAGCCAAGAUUCAGCGCGAAGAGGCGAUUUAUUACAUCAACCAGUUUGUGCUCCCCAAGCUGAACCAGGGCGCAGUCAACAGCCCUGCAGGCGGCAAGGCGAACGGGCAGUCGGAUGGCGGCAACUGCCAGCUGUCGAACAUUGCGCCCUGGAUACAGCCCGGGGAACCGGUGUCGGGGCCGGGGGCGACGUGGACCGACGAGCCGCUCAUGUCGGCAUUUGAUGGCGACGUUGCCGCGGAUGGGCAGCCACAGCCCAUCCAGGGGCAGCCGCACAUGACGGCGGCCGCCAUGACUACGCGUGCGUUUGCCAACGUGCCGCUCAUGAGCGUUGAGGAGGCCGAGAAGACGCUGCAGGCGGCGCGACGCGAGACGGAGAAGCUCGAGAAGUCGCUGUACUCGGUCAUCAAGAAGAACCGGCGCCUGCUCCUGGGCACGGGUGGGAACUGA